UUGAGGUUUGAUUGAUGGACUGUAGGCGGAAGCUACAUAGUGUAAACUUUGUACGCUGCUCGUAAAGGGCUAGUUUUGGAGGUUUAGUUUUGCGGUUUACAAGCGAACUAAAUUCUGGCCUUAAAUAAACUCCAUUUACCAGGCGGAAGACACGGGUUUAGUCCGAGUCGUCAGUUGAGUUGCGCUAAUGUUUCUAAGCCUAGUAUAUGUAUGGUAAGUUUAGUCGAAGGUGACGCGAACUGAUCUGGGAUCUGCUGUAAUUAAUCCACAUCUGCUGCACACUGUUGUAGUGCUGUUAGCAGGUCAGUGUGUCAGGGAUGUUAGGGGGAAACGGGGCUGCCAGGGCUGCUGGACGCUUGACUCCUCUACAGGUGAGCAGCACAUCUGGGGCUUUAGGGGCAGUAAACUCUGCCAUAAACCUGCCCGACGGGGGCCGAUAUGAAGACAGGCCGUCCGAUCAUCAGGCUGUGCUGCUGAGCGCCUCUGACGGAGACUCGGACUCUGGGGAUGAAGAAGAGAGCUCAGUGGCGGACAGGAGAGGAGUGAAGCGGGAGAGGAGUGAGAUGGAGGUCGGGGGAUCGUCUGCUGGUGGAGAUCUGUCCGCUGGGUAUGAAGGAGUGUCCGGCGGGGCGGCUGGAGCAAAACCAGGCAAGAAAACGCGAGGACGGGUGAAAAUUAAGAUGGAGUUUAUUGACAACAAGCUGAGGAGAUACACGACCUUCAGCAAGAGGAAGACUGGCAUCAUGAAGAAGGCAUAUGAACUGUCCACCUUAACGGGAACGCAAGUUUUGCUCUUGGUUGCCAGCGAGACGGGCCACGUCUAUACGUUUGCCACACGGAAGCUUCAGCCCAUGAUUACCAGCGAGACGGGUAAGGCCCUCAUCCAGACCUGCCUAAACUCUCCUGAUUCACCACCCCGCACUGACCCAUCAAUAGACCAGCGGAUGAGUGCCACAGGAUUUGAGGAGACAGACCUCACCUACCAGGUGUCAGAGACGGAUGGUCUCCCAGAGCCAAAGGAAUUGAUGAAACCUACAUAUACUCCUGCCAGUUUACCUGGAGCCACCAGCACCAGCAGCACCACCACACAGUCAUCGGCCUCUUCCUCUCCCUCCUCAUCUACAGUUGCCAUGCAGACUCAGAACAGUGCCACCUGCUGGCCGGUGACUGCAGGGAUGAAUGCUCAGAGCCUCUCCAGUGCAAACGGCACAGUGCUCAAAGCCACGGCCAGUUCACCCGCUGGAGUCAUGCAGCUGCCUGGAUUCACGCUCAUGCCUGGCGCUUCGCUUCCGCCUGGCACACACACGUUCCCUCUCAGUCAGCUGCAGACACACUCUCUGGCCAUACAGUGUCCACAGACGCAAAACACCUACACCAUGGCUAGCACCACUGCCGCCGUUGCUGUCUCUACUCACACGCAACCUGCCACACAGACCACGCUCUUCCGCCUGCCGGCUGCUGUCUUGCUUACAGGUAGUGCAAUGCCUCAACAGUUACAAGCCAUCCAUGUUCAUCCCAGUCCUCAAAGUGGUGACAGCAGCCCAGAGAUCAGCCAGACCUCGACCACAUCCACUGCAAGUCACACCGCUACUAUAGUCACUUCCUCAGUGCCUUCUUCAGUGGCAGGUCACAUGAUGUACCCUGGAGCACAUGCAGCUGUCAUGUAUGCUGCAUCCACCCCUGGACUCACUGAUGGGAGUCUAACUGUGCUGAAUACCUUCCCACAAGCACCCACUGCGAUGCAUGUGUCCCACACGCCAGGCCAAGACUCAGGUGCAGUUCCUCAGAUGUUUCUCACAGGACCUCCUGGAACUGUACAGAUCCCAGUCUCAGCUGUUCCGCUACAUUCGAUGUUAAUAAAUCAGCAGCCUCCUGGUAGUAGUGGUGCUACCCUCACAGAGCUGCGAGUGGUUAAUUUGGACAAUCCCAAAGGAGACUGACCCAUAAACAUGUGGCCAGUGUGAGCUUUCCCUCACACUGAUUUUCCAGGGAUCACCCAUGCCAUGCAAUCAAACUGCCAUUUUAUAUUUAUUACUGCCUUCUCGCUGCAUUGUUUCAUUAACCCAUACCAUGCGUCAAUUAUGAGAGGUGUGAUGGGACAUGUGAGAGAUGAUUGUCUCCUUGUGGACUUGUUUUGGUGUGUAGUGUGAUAAUGGAUCAUAUUUUUGUAUGUGUAUACACACACACGCAUCUAUAUUUCAGGAUGAUAUAGAGAGGUCUGCACUAUACCUUUUGCCCAAAGACUCACAUAUUAAAGGGUGGACAGGGGUAUUUGAUUGUUCAAUUCAGUUGAAAUUAAUUUGUGUUCAAACCUGUUUACCACACCCUUGAUAUCAUUUUUUUUUUAAGAACUGUAUCUUCACUUCCACAUAUUUUGGGAUUAUUUUUAAGAUCAGUGAAUUUUGAGAUACAAAUAUUUUGAUUCUUUAAAGAACUGGUGUUUUGAAGCUAGCUGGCUGUGACUCUUUUGCAUUUUUGUGGCAGUUAAGUGUAACUUAAAGGAAUAGUUUCCCUAAAAAUGGAAAUUCUGUCAUUAUUUAAUUUUGUUGACUUUUCGUAUGAAAACCAAAUUACUUUCUAUCUUUGGAACACAAAAGGGGAUGCUUGUAUAGCUCUUUUAUAUAAAAUGAAAAUGAACGAGGACUGGGGCUGUCAAACUCUAAAAUAGCAAAUAAGCACCAUGUCCUCUUGCACUACCAUCAAUACUCACUUGGGGCUAUGGUUUGAAUACCGCUAUAGUAUGUGUUUCUUUUCAAGGUUAAAAAAAGAAGUGAUUUUGCCCUCAUCCUUCUUUAUGGUCUUUGUUACUCAAUUAUUUGUUAUACCUAAACAUGAUCAGGUCAUUUACAUGUGCUGCUAUAAUUAAAUCAGAUUGGGUUUAGAAGGCUUCCAUAUUGUAAAACUAUUGAAACAAGACCACUUGUCAUUCCAUGUCUAUGCUGUGCCAAACUAUACUGUAUGUUCAUUGUGAGACUGAAUGUACUUUUUCUGCUCAAAGACAUCACACAACACAUGCUUUAGCCACUUUCUCAAUGCUGUAACAGAAAAACACUGACUUGAAUUUGCACUGCAUGACAAUGUACCUAAAGUAAAAAAUGUGGUACUGCGCAAUCAGGUGAUUCUCACAAAACCUGUAAAAAAAAAUGUCCUGGUCCUAUUUUACUCCAAAAUCAUAAGAAACAAAUAAGAAGUUACAUUUUGCCUCCGAUUCUCUUCAUGAGAAUGUCGUUAUGAUUUUUACAUUACCGCAUCAUAAUGCAAUGCAAAAAAGACAUGAUAUUAUUAUAACCUCAAUGUGAAAAAGAUCAUUACCACAAUGAAAAAAAGACAGUUAUGAUAUUCUCAUUACCACAAUGCAAAAAAGAUGGUCAUUAUAAUAUUAUCAUUACCAGAAUGCAAAAAGAUUGUCAUUAUAAUAUUCUCAUUACCGCAAUGUGAAAAAGAUGGUCGUUUUAAAAUUCGAAUUACCACAAUGCGAAAAUGACGGUCAUUAUAAUAUUCUCAUUACCGCAAUGUGAAAAUGUCGGUCAUUAUGAUAUUCUCAUUACCACAAUGCAAAAAAGAUGGUCAUUAUAAUAUUCUCAUUACCGCAAUGCGAAAAAGAUGAUUAUCGUAAUAUUUUCAUUACCGCAAUGCGAAAAAGAUGGUCAUUAUGAUAUUCUCAUUACCGCAAUGCGAAAAUGGUCAUUAUAAUAUUCUCAUUACCCCAAUGAAAAAAAAGACAAUUAUGAUAUUCUCAUUACCACAAUGCAAAAAGAUGGUCAUUAUAAUAUUCUCAUUACCAGAAUGGAAAAAGAUUGUCAUUAUAAUAUUCUCAUUACCGCAAUGUGAAAAAGAUGGUCGUUUUAAAAAUCGAAUUACCACAAUGCGAAAAUGAUGGUCAUUAUAAUAUUCUCAUUACCGCAAUGUGAAAAUGUCGGUCAUUAUGAUAUUCUCAUUACCACAAUGCAAAAAAGAUGGUCAUUAUAAUAUUCUCAUUACUGCAAUGCGAAAAUGACAGUUAUGAUAUUCUCAUUACCGCAAUGCGAAAAAGACAGUUAUUAUGAUAUUCUCAUUACCACAAUGUGAAAACGAUGGUCAAUAUAAUAUUCUCAUUACCGCAAUGUGAAAAAGAUUGUCAUUAUAAUUUUCUCAGCACUGCAGUGCGGAAAAGGUGGUCGUUAUAAUAUUCUUAUUACCGCAACUUUGAAAAAAAAAAAAAGAUACUGUAUAUAAAUAAUUUACAUUUAUGUAUUAUUUAUAUAUUUAAUCAUAUAUAAAUAAUUUACAUUUAUGUAUUAUUAAAAUAAUUUAAUCAUCUCUUGGUAGUGCCUUUUUUAAAAAUCAUUGUACAACAGGACUUUUUUACUGUAAUACAGUAAAGAAAAUUAUGUGUUAAGGUUAUGAUUUUAAAAAAUGGGAAUAGUAAAAAUAAAACGUCUGAAAGCCUUAAAUGUGCUUAAAUGUCCUAACAAAUUUCACAAUGCAAAAUAUCUCAAUGGUCCAAAAUGUAGACUUCAUUUGCUUUAUGCAAAAUAUCAUUUCUUAUUUGUUUCUUUUGAUUUGGGGUUAAAUCUGAGCAGGACAUUUUCUUGACAGUUUCGUGAGAAUCAUCCAGUCACUGGUCAAUAAGUGGAUGCUGAUUUUUCAGUUAGCUCUUAGUCAAGCUGGUAUGUUCUGUGGUUCUUCAUGUCAUAUUUAGUUUACUGAAAUAUUAACAAAAAUGAUCUGUAUCUGGUACUGAAUGGAUUGAGAAUUGCAUGUUAUUUUUACUUCUUAUAUAACUCGAAAUAUUAAAAAAUAAAUCAAAUACAGUUAAUUUUUUCUGUAAAUGCCAACACCUUUAACACGCACCCACAUAUUUUUGUAACGGUUAGUGUCUUGUCAUUUUUUAAAUUUCUAUCACCUUACCCGUAAUUAUGUAAACUAGUGUUUGAUUUUCAAAGAAAUGUUUAAUUUGGAUUUCUCAAGAGACAUCCGAAGGGCUGUACAUUUCACCAGUGUCUGCUUGUAUAUAUGUUUGAUUUGAUUUUUCUUCACAGAUGUUCGUGCAGAGGUACAAACCAACAGAACUAUGAAGAGAACUCGUUGAGAUCUUUGCGUCCACGGGUCUAUUCUUCAAUGGCAUAUACCACAUUCAUACAGCAAGUUUUUGACAAAAUAGACCAUUAAGCCUUGUUUUUUCAUACUGUUAAAUGUAUUUAAAUGGACCACUGCGAUACUGAGAGUGUCAAGAAUACUGUUUUUUUAUUCGUUUGUGGACCUGAGGUUGACAUAUUGUUGAUUUCAGUGGUUUGAAGAAAGAAAAAACAUAGUUGUGAUAUCAGAUUGUGUGGGAUUUAUGAAGCAGCCAGAACAAAAGUAUGUUAUUGUUUUAUUCAGUAUUAAUACAUUUUAAAUUCAGGGUAAGAAUUUCUUUUUUUUAUUUUAUUUUAUUUUUUUACUUUUAUGUUCUACUCGGGUGAAUCUCACAAAACUUGUCAAGAACAUAUCUGGGUCAUAUUUCACCCGAAAUUGAAACAAUUUGAAAAAAUAUUUUGUUUAAAGAAAAUUGAGCGCAUUUAAGGACCAUUAAGAUUUUGAAAUUGAGACAUUUUUUGACAAGUCAGGGUGCCAAUUUUCAUUACCGUAUUGGGGUAAAAGAAAAAAUAAGGAUGUACUGUAUUGUUUAAAAUGUCAAGUAUGUAUGUGACCUGGUUUGGUGAGAUUCACCUUUGUAUGUCUAAAUUGAAAGUAUUUUUAAGAGCUGUAAUAGUGUGGAAUUGUGUAAACACAAGAAGAAAGUGUUGAAUGUACCAUAUACGGGCCUUAUUGUUCAUAAUCAGAUUUUUUUUUACAAUAUGCAAGUAGCUCAUAUGGCUGCGAAUUAAAAUGUGUCUGCACCCUGGAGAUAUUCAGUGGACUGUAUAUAUAUUAGUUUUACCAUGAAGCACAGACAUAUGUCAGUGCCCCCCCCCCCCCCCAAUUUAGUUCAGUGUAACCAUAGUUUUGAAUGAAAUGUUCACUUCGUUGGUUAUGUUCUUUGUACAUAAUGUUAAUUAUAUGCUAUGGUGCCAUUUUACCAAGAGUUUAGUUUUUGUUUGUUUGCAUUUGUAUUUUAUGCUAGGAAAGCCUUGUUGUUAAUUUGAUUAAAAUGUAGUUGACAUUACAAAAAAUGAAAUGAAACUAUUUUUAACCAAUAAUUCACACUUGUUAUGUAAGAAAUACUGUGUGUCAGGCUUUCUUUUAUAAUAAAAUAA